UCAUCUUCAUACUACAUACUGCUCUUUUGCUCUCGAUUUAUCAACUUUUUUGGCAUUACAUUGAACUUUCAACAAACUUUCGAUGAUGACAACGGAAUAAAUGUAAGUUUGUUCAACAUUUCUGAUCAUUGCCUGGAUUGUUAAUGGUGACAGAAAAGAUAAUUUUAUCAGCGAGUUCCUGAUCUAUAUAGGAGAAAUUUCAGCCCAGUCCCAUCUGGUAUUAUUCUUGUAGUCUACCUCACCUAAAACUUGAACUUUCAUCAGUCAGUAAUCUCUUGUGCAUCAAUUGAUCAGUGAUCUACUCUAUACUGUGGGAUCUAUGAAAGGAUUAUCAUUGGAUUUAAUUCCCUAACAAUGGCUAAUACAAGGACCACCAAAAAUCUUGUCAAGGAUGCACUCAAGGAUGAUGAUGUAUUGGCCUUCAUAAAAGGAGCUAUAAUGGAAGCCUUAGACUCCAAGUUUGAUGUACUUAUCAAACGUCUAGAUGCACAAGAUGGAUCUAUUCUGGAACUUCAUAAUAGGAUUAACAAUAUCGAGAGUAGUCUUGCAAACCUGCAAAAGAAGCAACAGAAGUGUGAGGAGAAAAAUAGAUGGUUAGAGAAACAGCUCAACGAUCAGGAACAGUACUCUAGGAUAAACUGUAUUCGUCUGUUUGGAGUACCUGAGAAAGAGAACGAGAAAACCAGUGAAAGAGUCUGCGAAAUAGCACAGCAACAUCUUGGUGUCGAUCUGCAUCUACGUGAUAUUGACCGAAGUCAUCGUGUACCACGUCGUAAUGAACCUGUACCUAAUGAAAAAGGAGAAAUCAAACCAAGAGCGAUCAUUAUUAAACUGACAUCGUAUCAGCACAGUCAAAAUCUACUCAUGAACAGAAGAAAGUUAAAGAACACAAAAAUGAGUCUGCAUGAAGAGUUAACAAAGACUAAUCGCUCACUUCUGUGGGAGGCAACAAAAGCAAGUAAUCUGCAAGGAUCCAAUGUCCUAUCAGCUUUAGUAGGGGAGAGAGAUAGGGUUCCCAUGCACCCGAAUGAUAUAUUUUUUCAACCUACAUUUUUGUAAUCCGUAAGAUGUGUAGUGAAUGAAUUUUGAUG